ACUUUUUAUCAUAUAAUUAUGACUUUGUAUCUAAUAAUUAUGACCUGGGAAGAUUUUUAUGACUGUAAGGUCUGUCACUCACAAGAGCUUAUAGCUGCCUAGUCGUUUGACAAAAACAGUGGGUUGCUAGGCAACAGAAAAACAACCGGGCAAGGAUGGCGGACAGCACGCAAAGUGCAGAGGCCAUAGUGUCAGAUGUCCACAAGAAGAUCAAAGCAGCUUUUGAAGCGUUUGUCUAUGAGUCUAAUAACUCAGUGGAUGUCAGGGAGAUUGGCACCAUCAUCUAUUCCCUGGGUUGCUUCCCCACUCAGGCAAACCUACACAACUUAAUAGCUGAGGUUGAAGAGGACCACACGGGAUAUGUUCAUUUGGACAAAUUCCUCCCAGCCAUGACCAGAGUGCUGCUGGAGCACAAGUUCCCUUCUAUCCCUGAGGACCUUCUGCUUCAGGCCUUUGAGGUUUUGGACAAAGAAAACAAAGGGUACUUGGAGCCUGAGGAGCUGACAAAGUACAUGACACAGGAAGGUGAGGUCUUCACUCAGGAGGAGAUGGAUGAGAUGCUGACAGCACUCGCUGACCAUGAGAAGAACCUUGUCUAUUACAAAGACUUAAUCAGCCAGCUGACCAUUGACCCUGACAUCUAAAGUGUCACAGUGUGUGUGUGUGUGUGUGGUGUGUGUGUGUGUGUGUGUGUGUGUGUGUGUGUGUGUGUGCGUAAUUGUUGAGAAAUAUUAAGACACAAACAAGUCUGUGUGUUUGGUGCUUUGUUUCCACGUCUGCAUGUCUUAAUGUGUGAGUUGGUAGUUCCAAUAUGGUAUAAUAAACAAACAUGUAGCACAUGUAUAUAUCUCCUCCUUGACCUUGUGUUUUAAAAACUGGCUUUCAAUUCAGAUGAAAUGUGAUUUGCUCAAAUCUGCAGAUUUGGGAUAUGCAUCGAAGCAGGACCAGUCCAUUGUUUUGGCAUGUCUACUGUAUGUUUUAUGCUCCCAACCAUUUACUUAUUGUACAACCUAACUUUCAUUAAGUCUUUCACAAUCACAUUAAAAAUACGUGUACAGUGCAACUCAACUGGAGUAAUGCAAAUUUUAGCACUUUGUACAUGUAAAAUAAGUCAGAAAUCAGUACCACCACACAACACUGAUUUACUCAGAUUUGUUUUAUAGCUAAUGCAACAUUGCUUGUAUUUGUCUUUUUUGUAUUUAAGAAACAGUUUGCUGUGGUCCCAAACCCAGGACCUGGGUUCAAAAUAUAGGCUGAGGCAUAGUACUGGGUCUUAAAAAAUAAAAUAAAAAUAAACUGGAGUGCAUUAUUGUGCAGGUGAAGCUUGACUUCUCAAAGGGCUUAUUUCUUAUUAAAAUCUCAGGAGUGGGGCGACCCGAUUGUUGUGGGCAUUUUAAGGUAGUCACUCCUACAAAUGGACAACAUGCCGCUUUAAUAAAAUAAGGCCUUUAUGUAAUUGAAAAGUGUUGGCUGAAACCCUCAUCAAGCUGCAGGGUACAAGCCUGCCAAUACAUAAUCUCUGACAGACAGGAUCAUAACAGAAACAUUCUGUAACCCUACUGAGAAGAUUCCUUGUUGGGUGAUUAUAGUGGUGGUAUCAUAAACAGGAGGUAGUCUGGUUAUUCAUUUGGCAAGAUGAUUAGAUAGUAUGUGCAGCCAAUGAACAAAUAGGGGAAAUGAAAUGUAUUCCAUGUUGGGAGUGUGAACAAAGGAAACAAACCUUAAUCACGGCGUGUUAUGAUGUUAUGACAAAGAAGCCAUGGCAUCACCAUCGCAUAGUACUUGUCCAGAAGUCCAAAUCAAGUACUUAGUUGUACCAAAGUAUGAUUUUAAACAACUGCGGGUUGCAGCCACGAUAGCCUGAUCAAUAAAUGAUUCCAAGUAUGAGAAAAUAAACAAAGCAAUGACAGCUUUAUCAGCAUAGCAUUUUAUCUUAGGCGAUUCUGAAUUGAAUAUUUAACAUGCACAAAACACUUAACACAGCUUUAGAACAUAAGUGACAUGAAUCUUAUCUAAAGCUUAGAUAAGCAUAUGAUAUGGUAGCACACACAAGCACUUCUCUAUCCGAACAUGAAAGCAUGCUGAGGUUCUGCUUUCAGAAUGGUUUCAUUUCACAGUAAAAAACAUGACCCGUUACUCAACUUCCACUUACCGCGUAAGACAAAGAAAUCACAAAAUAAUACAUACGCCUAUAGUAAUCGAAAGGUCUGUAUUAAAAAUCCUUUUCGACUUAACCCC